AGUCAUUGUGACGUAAUCCCACAGCCUUCUGGGAAGCGUAUUUUAUUUGUUCUCCAGCUGGGAAAAGGUGUAGGGCUGUGGACUACCACUCCCGUGAGGUAGUGCGCAGCUCCACCCUGUUCGCGGCGUCUUCGAACGUGCCGCGGCAGCCAUGUUGGACGUGGCCAGCACAGGGGCCGGCACCACGGGGUUAUCGAAGCAGCUGUCACGAUGCUGGGAUCCCUGGUGUUGAGGAGAAAAGCACCGGCGCCACGGCUACUCCUCCGGCUGCUCAGAUCCCCAACGCUCUGGGGCCAUGGAGGUGCUUCCGGCCGGAAUGUGACCACUGGGAGUCUCGGGGAGCCGCAGUGGCUGAGGGCAGCCGCCGGGGGGCGCCCUGGAACAUCGCCGGCCUUGUUCUCCGGGCGCGGGGCAGCCACCGGGGGGCGCCAGGGAGGACGCUUCGAUACCAAAUGCCUCGCGGCUGCCACUUGGGGACGCCUUCUUGGGCCCGAAGAAACACUUCCAGGACAGGACAGCUGGAACGGGGUCCCCAACAGGGCCGGACUGGGCAUGUGGGCCCUGGCCGCAGCGCUGGUUGUUCAUUGCUACAGCAAGAGUCCGUCCAACAAGGAUGCAGCCCUGUUGGAAGCUGCCCGUGCCAACAAUGUGCAAGAAGUCACCAGGCUGUUGUCAGAAGGUGCAGAUGUCAAUGCAAAGCACAGACUUGGCUGGACAGCACUCAUGGUGGCAGCCAUCAACCGAAACAACAGUGUGGUCCAGGUCCUGCUUGCUGCCGGGGCUGAUCCAAACCUUGGAGAUGAUUUCAGCAGUGUUUACAAGACCGCCAAGGAACAGGGAAUCCAUUCUUUGGAAGUCCUGAUCACCCGAGAGGAUGACUUCAACAACCGGCUGAACAACCGUGCCAGUUUCAAGGGCUGCACAGCCUUGCACUAUGCUGUCCUUGCUGAUGACUACCGCACUGUCAAGGAGCUGCUUGAUGGAGGAGCCAACCCCCUGCAGAGGAAUGAAAUGGGACACACGCCCUUGGAUUAUGCCCGAGAAGGGGAAGUGAUGAAGCUUCUGAGGACUUCUGAAGCCAAGUACCAAGAGAAGCAGCGGAAGCGUGAGGCCGAGGAGCGGCGCCGCUUCCCCCUGGAGCAGCGGCUGAAGGAGCACAUCAUUGGCCAGGAGAGCGCCAUCGCCACAGUGGGUGCUGCGAUCCGGAGGAAGGAGAAUGGCUGGUACGAUGAAGAACACCCUCUGGUCUUCCUCUUUUUGGGAUCAUCUGGAAUAGGAAAAACAGAGCUGGCCAAGCAGACAGCCAAAUACAUGCACAAAGAUGCUAAAAAGGGCUUCAUCAGGCUGGACAUGUCCGAGUUCCAGGAGCGACACGAGGUGGCCAAGUUUAUCGGGUCCCCACCAGGCUACGUUGGCCAUGAGGAGGGUGGUCAGCUGACCAAGAAGUUGAAGCAGUGCCCCAAUGCCGUGGUGCUCUUUGAUGAAGUAGACAAAGCCCAUCCAGAUGUGCUCACCAUCAUGCUGCAGCUGUUUGAUGAGGGCCGGCUGACAGAUGGAAAAGGGAAGACCAUUGAUUGCAAGGACGCCAUCUUCAUCAUGACCUCCAAUGUGGCCAGUGAUGAGAUCGCACAGCACGCACUGCAGCUGAGGCAGGAAGCUUUGGAGAUGAGCCGUAACCGUAUUGCCGAAAACCUGGGGGAUGUCCAGAUAAGUGACAAGAUCACCAUCUCAAAGAACUUCAAGGAGAAUGUGAUUCGCCCUAUCCUGAAAGCUCACUUCCGGAGGGAUGAGUUUCUGGGACGGAUCAAUGAGAUCGUCUACUUCCUCCCCUUCUGCCACUCGGAGCUCAUCCAACUCGUCAACAAGGAACUAAACUUCUGGGCCAAGAGAGCCAAGCAAAGGCACAACAUCACGCUGCUCUGGGACCGCGAGGUGGCAGACGUGCUGGUCGACGGCUACAAUGUGCACUAUGGUGCCCGCUCCAUCAAACAUGAGGUAGAGCGCCGUGUGGUGAACCAGCUGGCAGCAGCCUACGAGCAGGAUCUGCUGCCAGGGGGCUGUACUCUGCGCAUCACAGUGGAGGACUCAGACAAGCAGCUACUCAAGAGCCCAGAACUGCCCUCGCCCCAGACUGAGAAGCGCCUCCCCAAGCUGCGUCUGGAGAUCAUCGACAAGGACAGCAAGACUCGCAAACUGGACAUCCGGGCACCACUGCACCCUGAGAAGGUGUGCAACACCAUCUAGCAGCCACCUGCCUGCUCCUAUGUGCCCUCACCAUCCAAUAAAGGCCCCUUGGCUGUGGCAUGGCGACUGACUUAUCUUCCCCUCAUACCUCUCCCGUGUCUACCCAGUCUCACACCUGCUUACCUCCUCAUAGCCCGUGAAGACCCCUUCUCAGCUCCAAAACCUGAAGGAGGAAUUUCGCCCAACUCUGGCCCCUUUGUUAUGGACCCAUAACCUGCUAACAAGCCUUCAGGAGAGGAGCUGCCUUUCCACCCCCUUCAAGGCAAGGAGGGAUGGAGUUCCCUUAUUUCCUUCAGAAUGAUCCCCAUCCCUCAUAGUCGCCGGACUUUCUCAUGUUCCCAGGAAGCUCAGAAGUAUGGCAGCUAAGAAAACAGCUGGCUGGAAGAAGACAGGGACCAGACUGAACGGCCACCCUCUGCCAGUCCUCGUGCAACUCAGUCCCCAGAACUUCUCCACUGGGAGUGGAGGAAGAGCUCAGAGGCCCAAGCAGAGACGGUUCUGCAGUUUAGUGUGUAGCCUCCUUGUUCCAUACCCUAAAAUUCUAAGGGGAAGGGACCCAUAGAAGCUUGCCUGUUUCUGCUACUAUAUUAUACCCCCUAUUCCUCCCCACCCCACGUCUUGGGGUCAAGCCAGACCCAUGUUUCUUCAGCCUUGGGGACUAGGCCAGUGUUGGGCACCUCCAGGAGGAGGCGUGACUGGUUCCUUACCCUCCUCUACUUGGACUGAGCAGUAGUCCUCCAGAUAACCAAGCAAGCUCAGCUCUGUGGGGGCCUCCUUCGAAAGACUAACAUGGCAGACAUUAGGAAGCAUAGGGAGAGAAAUUAUGGGUUUGGCCUCUGCACAUGUGGCCACGGAGUCGGCCUCAGCCCUGUCUGUACUGCUCUUCUAGCUAAACGAGCCUGGAACAAACAUGCAGUUUAUUCAGUC